AUGUGGGAUGCUGGUAGUGGAUGGAUUUGUGUACUGAUGGUGGGGUUGGCUGCCGGUGCGGUGGCUGGAAUUAUCGAUAUUGGGGCGAGAUGGAUGAGUGAUUUGAAGGAUGGUGUAUGUGCGGAUCGUUUCUGGUUGGAUCGUGAGCACUGUUGUUGGUCAGCGAAUGAUAGCGUAUACAAAGAUGCGGAUUGUUCAGCGUGGACAUCGUGGCCGGAGAUGUUACAGUAUUAUGAUAAAAACAUUUUUUAUUACUUUUUGGAGUUGGUAUUUUAUUGUGGUUGGAGUGUGCUGAUGGCUGGAGUUACGGUGAUGUUGGUGAAGGUGAGUGUUUGA